AUGUCUCAUCCCGAGCUCUCGGGCAAAGAUAUGAAAGAAUUCAUGGAGAAGUCGUUAACACAAAUGUGCCAACAGCUUACCAAUGUUGUCGACGAUCGGUUUGCUCACUUGAAGAGAGAAUUGUCUGCUGAUAAUUCAGCGACGCUAGACGCCUUUGCGAACAAGAAGGCUCGCUUAGAGAAACCUCGAUUUAAGUUAAAGGGCAAUGAGCAGCAAUAUAAUCACCAGCUUGGUGUGCUGGACACAGUGGAAAGUGCUACCACAGCUCUCGAGCAUCAAGACAUCCAUAAAGCUAUCAGUUUCCUACAAGAAGGUAAAGUAGCCAUACUGUAGUAGCAAGAAUGAAGCUUAUCAAAUUAGCUGAUACGAGCGACCAUGGUUGGCAAACCGUAGCUGAAUAUAUGACUAACGAGCUAGCCGAUAACUCAGAUGACGAGAAACGGAUCGACCGCGCAGAGAAAACUGCUGAAAAGAAGCCGAAGAAGGCCAAGGCAUCCAAAACAUCAAAGUCUCGGCCGUUUCCUGGCUAUCCAAACCGCAUCCCAUAUCGUAAUUCUAUGCCCUCACGUCGACCAGUGUUCCCUGACCACAAUGGUCCACGCGGGAAUGCAAUUGGGCCUUGUUAUAAGUUAAGUGGUACAUCCAUGUAUAUAGCAUUGUGUUUUGCUUUAGAGUCACAACACUAUAGGUCGACAGCCGUCAUACGACUGCUUUGUUCUUACCUCGAGCGUUUAAGCAGCAAUAAACACAAAGUGCUUCAAGCAACAUGUUGCUGUACGUGUGUGUGUUUAUUCGAUAUAAUUAUAUUAGAUGUUUUAACUAUCUGCGUUACGCAAUUAAGCAGAUAAUUUAUAUAUAUCUAAUGGUUUGAUAUUCAGAAUAAUGUUCUGCUAUGAAUACAUAACUAUGUUACAUUGUUAUGCAAUAGUAUAAAAGGCGUAUACAAGACUUGAUUAUUCCUCACUGCUUACACGUUCUUCAGUCAAACUGAAUUUCUAUUUAUUAUAUUAAUGUUGAUGGUCAUAUAUGUUAUUCUAUUAUUUACAGUGUUUACAGUAGAAGUUGCAUGAUCUGCAGUGUGAGGAGGAAGAUCAGGUUGGAUUAUUCCUUUUUAGUUCUAAUAGUGACGAUGUGCAUGGAGUUUUUGUAGUGAUAGUGUGCGUGGGGGGCUUUACAGGUGUUCAAAUUACUGGCGUGAUACACUUAACGCCUCCCAGUUUGUGCAAAGUAUAGUGCAGGACGGUUAUAAGAUUCCAUUUCGGUCCAUUACAGAGACCAGUUUUUUAGCUAACAAUAAAUCUGCCAGGGAUCAUCCUGACUUUGUCUCAGAAGCAAUUGUUAAAUUACUGAAAGGUCGAUACAUUGAGGAGCAAUCAGAACCACCCUAUUGCGUUAAUCCUUUGUCUGUUGCUAAAGGAAAGAAAUUACGUUUAGUUCUUGAUCUCCGCAACAUUAACGGGCAUUUGCUCAAGCAAUCAUUUCCAUAUGAGGAUCUUCGAUCAUUAUCUCAAUUAUUUGAACAGAACUUUUGGUUUUUCACAUGGGAUCUUAAAUCCGGCUAUCAUCAUGUUGAUAUUUAUUUCUCAAAUUCAUUAAUAAUUCAUGAGCAAUUCAGCCAAUGAUAAUCACUUAUUUGAUCACAAGAUGCCAUUUGGAUACUUGAUGAAAGUCACUAGUGUUUUCAUCAAAUAUCUUAAUUACGCAUGCAAAAUUACUUGAAUAGAAUUCCUAAUCACGUUAUGCUUGGUUAAGAAUUCUAUUCAAAUCAGCAAACGAAAACAUUCUGUUACGUCUCGAUUCAUUUGAGAAGCCAUAUAAACAACUCGAGCUCGUGUCUCACCGGGAUAUCCAAACACGAGAAAACAAUGUAUGAAAACACGAGCGCGAAGCGCUCGUGUUUUCAUACAUUGUUUUCUCGUGUUUGGAUAUCCCGGUGAAACACUCGCUCUCGUUGUUCAUAUAUUACUUCUUAAAUUAUAAGUUCAUAAAUUUCUAGGAUUUUCGUGGAAUUUUAACGGGAAGUUGAGAUAUUUCAUUUUCUGUGUUUUGCCUUAUGGGCUAAGUUCAGCUUGUUAUUGUUUUACAAAAUUACUUAGGCCGUUAGUGAAACGAUGGCGUCGUAUGAUGUCCCACGCCUCUUUUGUCUAUUUAGACGACGGUAUUUCCGGUCAUAAAUGUCGUAUUGAUGCUUCUGCGGCCAGUAUUAUUCAAAAGAAAGAUUUAUCGUGUUCCGGUCUUAAAACGAAUGAGGAAAAAUGUCAUUGGGAGCCCAUGCAAAUCGGAGAAUGGCUUGGCAUGAUUAUUAACACCAUCAAUUUUCAAUUCCGCCUCGAAAAAUCGAGAAAGUUAAGAAAAACAUUCAUAUCGAGAACUGGCAAAAAUCGCCGGUUUUAUCAAUUCAUUGUAUUUACCUGUCGGUCCACCAGUGAGGCUUUUUUCGCGGCAGCUCUUUUUCAUAAUUUCUCAGAGAGAUUCAAGGGCAGGGCAUUUGGAUAGCGUCCCACCUCUUUUGAUGGAGGAAUUGAGAUUUUGGUUAGACAAUUUACGUUAUCUAAACGGGUAUAACGUUCGGCCAAAAGUGUUUUUAGAACCUUUAACAAUCCACACUGACGCUAGUGGCGUUGGUUAUGGUGGUUAUUUUGCCUCGUCGAGGGAUGUAAAUAUAGACGGACAUUGGUCCGCUGAGCAAAGUGGUAAGAGUUCCACGUUCCUGAAGUUGUUGGCUAUCCUACUAGUUUUGAAAACUUCUGUGCAACGUUUACAGCAUAAAAAGUUGAAAAUAUUUUCAGAUAGCCAGAGCGCCUGUCGCAUCGUUCAAGUCGGGAGUAGAAUUUAA